UCAGACACCAGUGAGUGGCCACAACGCAGACGGGACGGCGGUAGAAGCGCAUAUUAAUAACCAUCUGAGCACGAACAGCUCCUCUUCGGUUCUUAUUUUCAUCUGAGCGCGAACAGCUCCUCUUUGGUUCUUAUUUUCAUUGUAUGAGGAAUUAAUUUUGGCGGACAGAAAACAACAACUUCAUUCAUCAGACUUGGAGUGACAUAAGGAGUCUUUCCUUCAGACAGGAUGUCGGCACUCUCCGUGAAUGACCACCUCGAAGGGAUCUUAUCAGAUUUUGAAGCCUUGAAGAGAUCCUUUGACAUUGAAGAUGUGGAUGACAUACCACCCUUCUCCUCAGCAUCCACUACCUCCUCUCCCGUCUCUCCUCCGCCAUCCCAUUUCUUCCACAGCCAAAACAAAGCCAGUGAGGAUAGCGGAGGAGGACAAUCUCCUUCUUCAUCUUUCACCAAUAUUAACAACCUGGGCUCUGCAGGGUACCACACCCAUACCAGCCGGAGUUCCAAUCCCAGUCCAGUCCUCAGAUCACGCACGGUGGUCAGCAGUCUGUCCUUCAAUCGAGCAACCAUGAACAAACCAGCCAUUUACAACAACUCCUCUGUGAAUCGAGGAGCACCCUUUCAAAGCAGAGUGAACCCCAACAAGGGGUUCCCCAUGUUGCAGGGACCAGGAAGUGACAAUGACAGCCUUCAUAGCUCCACUUCCAGCCUUGAAUACUCUGGAGUUGCUAGCGGUUCCAUUCAUCCGAACAAGCUGACGUCAUAUCCGAGUCCAUCGCCCCAGAAUGAGUACCACCAAGUACAGUGCCAGCUCUCACAACAGCAACUACAAGCAAGUGGUACAUUGGGAAACAACCACAAUUUGAAGAAGUUCUCCUCUGAUGGGAUUGUUUUCCGCUCAGCAUUGAACCAAGGAAUAGGAUUGGCAUUGGUGGAUCCUCACGAGAUUAAUCAUGGAUCCAUGCCUAGCCUAGAUAUUCAAAUCUGUGAUGGACAAGAGGUCACGCAAGGUGUCCAAAGAGGUGGAGACCAGGUCUGUCCUGGCUUGAGAUAUACAAAUGCCACCUGGAGUGGUCGGCGUCAGAAUGCCAAAGCCCUUGAAGUUGAGGGUAGCUGUGGCCCCAACAAUCAUCAUUAUUCAGGCCCCCCGACGACCCAGCCCAAGGCUAAAGAGACUUCGCGUCUCAGUAAGUUUCCCCUGGACCUGGAUAGCUUGGUGAGCACCACCUCCAUUCCAUCCCCUGCUAAAGUUCACAGACCCUUCAACUCCAACCCUCCAAAGCCUCCUCCAAGGGGCACAGAGAGUCCUCAGUGUCACAACAACUCCUUAACCACUGCAUCUAGCCCACCAGCUUCCCUCAACAGCCUUGGUAGUUCUCCCGAUACCCUCCCCCUCUCCCUUCACCAUCCCCCUUUGCCCUUCUCAAGUCAUUCAAGCACAGAAUCUAUUCUUGUUCCAGAGGUGAGCUGCUCACCAGUGCCUCUAUCUCCAGCCCACACUCCACAGUUGAGAACCCUUUCCAGGCCUCAGGCUCUUCAAGUGAACCCUGUCCCUCCCAACUCCUCUCAUCCUUCCAGCCCUCGAGCAACUGGCUCCUUGGAACGUUGCCCCAGUGAUGUCGGCGAUAGUGUAGGAUGUAUUUUACAAAGGAUUGCCUCCUUCUCCCGGCCUUUCAUCGCUGAUACAACUCAAGCAACUGUCAUCCAACCUCCUGCAGUUCCAAGCAAUGGACGUCUGUCUUCGGAAAUGGGCUGUCCUGCAGAGACCACAAUUUUGCCAACAAGGGGACAUGGCAAAAAGAAAAACAAAGAAAGUACUGGAGAUCUGAACAUAGAAGUACCUUCUCUGAUGGAGGAGAGGGAGGAGAAGGAGAAUGGCAUCAUGGGUGAAGAGCAAGUCCCAGAGGAGAAGAGUGAAGCAAUACUAGCAAGCACGGUUACAGAGAAUUCUGACAAAGAAACUCAAGCAAAUGGUGUGGACGUCCAUGCAGAGGUGGAGGAGAAAGAAAAGGAGAAAGAAAAGGAGAAAAGAAUGGAGGAGGGAGAGAUGAAGAAAAAGGUGGAGUCAGAGGUGAAGGUGGAAAUGUGCCGAUCUGUCCAAGACUUCCAGCUGAGUUUUAUCCGUGGCAGUGACCUGUUUGGAUAUGUGGGCAUUGAGGCAGUGUUGGACCAGAUGAGACACAAGACCAUGAAAGCUGGCUUUGAGUUCAACAUCAUGGUGGUUGGUCAGAGUGGUUUGGGGAAAUCGACAAUGGUCAACACCCUCUUCAAGUCUAAAGUCAGCAGGAAGUCCUGCACACCAAACUCUGAGGAGAAAAUCUCCCAAACGGUCAAGCUGCAGUCAGUGAGCCACAUGAUUGAAGAGAAGGGAGUGAAGAUGAAGCUGACAGUGAUUGACACUCCAGGUUUUGGAGACCAGAUCAACAAUGAGAACUGUUGGGAGCCCAUCAUCAAGUACAUCAACGAGCAAUAUGAGAAAUACCUGCGAGAAGAGCUGCAUGUCAACCGUAAGAGAAGAAUACCCGAUACAAGAGUCCAUUGCUGCAUUUACUUCCUGGCUGCAACAGGACACAGGUUACGUUCCAUCGAUGUGGAGUUCAUGAAGAGGUUGGGAAAGAUAGUAAGCAUUGUGCCUGUGAUUGCCAAAGCAGACACACUUACCAUUGAGGAACGACAGGGGUUUAAGGAGAGGAUAAGGCAAGACUUGGCAGGCCACGGGAUUCGUGUCUAUCCCCAGAAAGAGUACGAUGAGGAUCCAGAGGAACGCUUCCUCAAUGACAGGAUCAGGGAAAGUAUUCCCUUUGCGGUGGUGGGGACUGACAUGGAACACCAGGUGAACGGAAAUAAGGUGUUGGGCCGAAAAACCAAGUGGGGAAUUAUUGAAGUUGAAAACGUGGCGCACUGUGAGUUUGCCAAUCUGCGAGAUCUCCUUAUCAGGUCUCACCUGCAGGACCUGAAAGACGUGACACACAACAUCCACUAUGAAACAUACCGUGUACGACGGUUGAACGAGAGCAACGUCAACUUCAUUGAACGAGGACUUUCUACUUGGCCGCUGGAAAAUGGAACUGCUGACAAAUGUGAAUCAGACAGCCACCUCUGAUGCCUCGGUCAGCCUCAAACCUCUGGAAUGAUGCUGAGGGCUGGUACAAGAGAGCAUUUUUACUACAUGAAGUAGGAUGGGGGAUAUGUCCGAUUUUUGUUGUUGAUGUUGUUGGUCAUUACAGUGAUCGGCUUAUUGGAAUGUUUCAUGAACAUUUUUAUGGGAGACAAUAUAUAUAUAUAUUAGACCUGUCAAACGAUUAAAAUAUUUAAUCUAAUUAAAAAUGCAACUGUCAUAAUUAACUCAAAUGAACAAAAAAAUUAAUCGUGAUUACUCACACAUUUUUUAUCGUUUCUGAAUUUCCUUUUACAUUUUUUGUCCUAUUUUUUCCCCAUUUUAAUGCUCUCAUCAACAUGGAAUCAUGAAUCAGUUUUCUAUGUGCCAAAUGCAAAUAUUUACUGAAAUAACAAUUUCGAUUUUCAAUUUUACAUGAACAUUUUUCACUUGGUGCAGUUAUUCACACAUAAUCUCUCACACAAUAUUACUGUCCAUCAAAAACGGUGAAAAAAAUAUUUUGUCACACAACAGCUGCUUUAACAGCUCUUUUUGUGGAAUCAAAACAGAGCAAUAUAACAUUAUAAAGUGCACAUCUAUACAGUGGAUUUAAACCAUGGUUGCAUACUUCAUUUUUCUCAAGUUUGCUUUCAACACAGCAGUCUGUUUCUGUAUGUUUGUUGAAGAAUAACGAGACACCGGACACCAGUGUUCAUUAUGUGCCGCUGUAUUGGAAACUGCCGGCCGUACAAACAUGCACACGCACUUCCCCCGUGCUGCAGGGGCAAACCAUUCUGAAAGGGGGGGGGGGGUUCACUCUCCCUAACACAGUCAGGCUAUGUGGAUUGUAUUGGUCCUUCUUGCGCGGAAGUCUCUCUACGGUUUUUGUGUCUACCUCAUAUCGAAUGACUACACUUGGUUCGAUGACAACACUGGAGACAUUUUACUUUCGCCAGGUCGCUACCACUAUAGCGCACUGUCACUGUCAGACGAACACAGAGAAGCUCCACCCGCUCUAUUUACAUGGACACAGAACACUGUAACAUACCACACAAAAUAGUUCCAAACAAGUAACAAUCGCGUCAGUGGCAUACAUCGUAUACCUGUAUGAUACAGAGAGAGAGAGAGAAGAACAGAUAACUUUGGUCUUGUCAGUGGAGAAAUAUGGCACCUUUUUAAAAGUAAACUUUCCAUUCAUAAACUCUUUAAGUAUCCGUUUUCUGUAUCUCGCGCUGCCUUGGCUUGCAAAACAGACAUUCUGCAGCGCGCUUGUUGUUUUGUUUCUGGUGUUUAUAGAGCAACUAUCAUCCGCUUGUGACGUGUGCCGCGUUAAUCUCGCGAGAAAAAAUUUAAACCCGUUAAAAUUCAUUUAAAUUAAUGCCAAUAAAAACGCGCUACACUGACAGCUCUAAUAUAUAUCUAUAUAUAUAUUGCGCGUCGUCCCACACGCGGUCUGUCCUUCCGUCUGUCCCUUUUCAAAACGUACCUACUUCACCGCGCCGCUGCGCGCCGCCACUGCGCGCCGCCACUGCGCCGCUCAGCCAGUGGCUCACUACGAUCGCGCGGGCAUCUUAGCGAAAAAUUUUUUCUACCCACAAGCAUUGCAAUGAAAUUGUUAGUUAUUUAGUAGAGCUAAACAUCUCUUUAAUUUCGCGAUAAACAAUGAAGAUGAACAAAAAGUUGAACCAAGCAACAACACUUUUGUGGGCCAAAGGCCCACCUUACCAGCCUUCCGCAGGAACUAGUUGAUGAGCCGCCCGGACGGCGGCGAACCACCACCUUACCAGCCUUCCGCAGGAACUAGCUGAUGAGCCGCCGUGAAAAAAAUAUUGUGUCGUGACAUAAUUUGAUGACAUUCUGACUGUUGAAAUUGUCUGACGGAGUAAAUGGUUUGUGAUACUUGGGGCAGGGUACAUUAUGUCUUUGAAAAACAUAUAUUCUAGUUAUCCAUGUUCUAAUGAGUAUUUUGUCCAAUUUCUUUUUUUGGGGGGGGCGACAAAAAUGAGUUUGACACCCCUGCUUUGUAGUGUCACCUUGCAGUCACCAAAGGGUAUUGUGAGAUUACAAUUGUUCUACAAUUGUAGUCUUGCUAUGAAUUAAAUGAAGCACAAGCACCCCAGCCAUAAUUAAGGAUUUCAUGACUUCACAUCGCAUUCAGAUGUCGGUUUUUGAGCCUUUUAAUAAUUUACGUCUUGAAUUGUGCAACAUGACAACAAUUACAGUAUCUGUUUAAAAACCCUGCGGCCCACUUCUUUGAGCAUUAACUAGAUGAUUUUCAAUGUCUUUGAGUCUCAUUAUGAGAGCUAAGUGUGGUCAUUCAUUGGUUUACAGACAUUCACAAUUAUAUCACCUGGUGUAGAGUAAAGGUCCUCAUACCGUAACUCCCAUUUCUAUCUGAUGACAAGUGAGCAUAAUUUUUGUUUUGUGUCAGGUUUAUUUUGAAAUGAUGUUAUGGCUACAAUCCGUGUGAUCCUUCAUCAGCUCACUUGACUGAUUUUCACUGUGCAUCUUCUCACCGCUGUGUUGGAUGUAACACCAAAUGCUUGUGGCCACCGUAAUUAGUUAGAAAUACAGCCAGACCUGUUUUGUUUAUUGUUCUUUUACUCAACUGCAAACUGCAUGUUAUUUGUAAUCCCUGUCAUACCAGUUCUGUAUUUGCUGUUCAAUGCUGUUAUUUUGACUUGGGUAUUACAGUAUUUCACUUUUCAAUCUGAAAAAAACAAAAGCUUUUUCUGCUUUUAAUUGUUUGUUGAACAAUGGAGCUGUUUGACAUGAGCCUAUGAUGAUAUUCAUAUACUUCGAAACUAUCAGGUUCGUCUAUGUGUGUCUUAAUAUUACCAUCAUGAGUUCUCAAAAAGGUCAAUACAGCAUAUUGAAGUUUUAAAAAGGUUUUAAGUGGAUCGAUCUAAAUGUUCCCCAAACGGUUCAGUUUUUUUUCUUCUAUCGUUGCAAAUAACUAAAACAGGACUUAAGGCAAAAUUUGUUUUAGAUGAAACAAAACCGAAAGCAAAGAACAUAUAACGUGCUAAGGCUGAACAACUGAAAUAACUUUAAGGUCAUUUUGCAUUCUGACUCAUGGUGACUGUAAAUGGAGUAACCACCCGUGUGAUAACAUUUGUGAAUUCUGUACACUAUUCGAAAGCAUGUCAACCGGAGUACAUGAAUAUCAGAACACUACCAAGACUUAAUAGCUCGCUUCCACAAAAUUCACCUACUUCUUUUAAAUCAGUUUGUAAUCUACAUUUUUCAUCCAUCCAUCCAUUUUCCGAACCACUUGAUCCUCACUAGGGUCGCGGGGUGUGCUGGAGCCUAUCCCAGCCGUCUUCGGGCAGUAUGAGUUGCCAGAAAAUCGCAUCUACAUUUUUUAUAUCUCAAAAUAUUCAUGCAAUAAAGAAAUUCAUUCAUUCAUUCAUUCAUUCAUUCAUCUUCCUAACCGCUUGAUCCUCACUAUGGUCGCGGGGGGUGCUGGAGCCUAUCCCAGCUGUCUCCGGGCAGUAGGCGGGGGACACCCUGAAUCGGUUGCCAGCCAAUCGCAGGGCACACAGAGACGAACAACCAUUUGCACUCACACUCACACCUAGGGACAAUUUAGAGUGUUCAAUCAGCCUGCCAUGCAUAUUUUUGGAAUGUGGGAGGAAACCGGAGCACCCGAAGAAAACCCACGCAGGCCCGGGAGAACAUGCAAACUCCACACAGGGAGGCCGGAGCUGGAAUCGAACCCGGUACCUCUGCACUGUGAAGCCGACGUGCUAACCACUGGACUACCGGGUCGCCCGCAAUAAAGAAAUAUUAGCUCAAAUUAUAAAAUAUUUGGAUUGGUCUUGAUGGCAAUAUGAUUGCUCUUGAUGGCAAUAUGAAGGUAAAAAUAUAUUGUUAGAGGUGAUUAUUUUGAGGAGUCUGAUAUGCUUUGAUUACAAGUUGUUGUGAAAGGAGUCUUCAUGCAAAAAAGACAAAUAUCAAUUGCAUUGGAACUACAAAAUCUUUUCUGUUGCUUUCUUAUCAUAUAACCCGCCCAUUACCCAGUCAGCCGCUCUGCCCUGUAUCCUGAACCUCUGUACCAAUCUCCUUCCUUUUGUGUUAAUACUCACCAUUUGCAUGGUUGCCAUUUGACUGCUGGCGUAUUUACGAGUAUAUAUUAAUGAUUUACAUGUUAACACUGUUGAUUUACUAUUAAAUAUUUGUCACUUUUCAAA